AUGGAGAAACUCCCUCUUCCAACCUUCAAAGGUCUCUCUGACCCUUCUACUCACGUCACGUCUUUCAACAUAGCGAUGCGACGCGCAAACCUGACCGACGAACACAAAGACGCCGGCUUUUGCCAACUCUUCGUCGAAACCCUAGAAGGACCGGCCCUUACUUGGUUCACCGGCCUCAGAGAAAACUCCGUCGACUGUUUCCACGACCUCUCGACGGCUUUCCUUAAGAACUAUAUCAUGUUCACCAACCAGGAAACGACCGUGUCAGAUUUGUGGAACCUCACUCACGCCAGCGACCAAAGUCUCCGCGACUUCAUGGAGAAAUUCAAAGCUAUUGUCUCGAAGAUUGAUAUUCCCGACCAUAUCGCCAUCGAAUCUUUGAUGAACAUCUUGCACGUCGACUCCACAUUCCGUCAGGAUCUCUACCGAUACCCGACAAAAUCUGUCUCCGACGCCAUUGCUCGCUCGCACAAUUUUAUCUGCAUGGAAGAAGACACCAGAGCAAAGUUCGCAAAAGAAGCAGCAGCGAAACAGCGACCCUCCCGAACAAAUGACACCCGCCCCGAGCCCCGCCAGCACUCCUCCGGUGGAAAUACCAUUCAGAAGCGAGGCUACGUUAACUCGGUCGGUGAUGAGGAAUCUCCAAAAUCAGCAGCCAUCACGCGAGAGAAAGGCUGGAACCACUGGGAUCGAGACUCCCCUCCGAAGCAGUCAACCUCAUCCGAACCAGCGAGUUCAAACUCCGAGGAGCCAAAGAAAUGGUGCCUCUACCACAAAAGGGAUUCCCAUGAUACGAAGGAAUGCAAGGUCCUCAUCGGGUAG